GCCUCUGAACCGCUCGGUGGCUUCUGUUCGGUCAGCAGCAGGACAGACUCGCCGGGGCGUGUCGUCGGCGCCGCCUGGCCCAUUGUACAUCUUCCCGCCCGGCAGCCCGAGCUCCCGCCCGUGUCCCCCGGCUGGUCCGGGGGGUGCGGGCACCUCCUCAACGGCGGCCCCGCAGGAUGCGCGGACCGGGCCCCCAGCGCCCGGGGCGGACGGGGUCAUGAGGCACCUGCCGUACUUCUGCCGCGGCGAGGUGGUGCGGGGCUUCGGGCGCGGCGCCAAGGAGCUGGGCAUCCCCACGGCUAACUUCCCUGAACAAGUAGUAGAUAAUCUUCCAGCUGAUCUCUCCACUGGCAUUUAUUAUGGUUGGGCCAGUGUGGGAAGUGGAGAUGUCCAUAGGAUGAUGGUGAGCAUAGGAUGGAACCCAUACUACAAGAAUACGAAGAAGUCCAUGGAAACUCAUAUCAUGCAUACCUUCAAAGAGGACUUCUAUGGGGAAAUCCUCAACGUGGCCAUCGUUGGCUACCUCAGACCAGAAAGGAACUUCGAUUCUUUAGAGUCACUUAUUUCAGCCAUUCACGGUGAUAUUGAGGAAGCUAAGAAACGACUCGAUUUACCAGAACACUUGAAACUCAAAGAAGACAGUUUCUUCCAGGUUCCUAAAAGCAAAAUAAUGAAUGGCCACUGAUGAAAAAUUAUCUUAUUUAUUCAUUCACUGUUUUCUAGUAUUCUACCACUCAUAACUGUGCGAUCUCAUCUCUGUUAUAUUUUAAAAAUCAAACCUUUUCCUACAGCUGUGAAUUAGUUUAAACAGUACAGUGUAGUUACGCUUCAGCUGUUCAGUUAAACCCAUCAUGCUACAGUACUAAAAAGAUUCAUUUUAGAAAUGAAGAUUCUUUUUAAUGUAAUAUAUAGAUUAAAAUCUACCACUGGAAAGGUCUUAAGUGUCUUAUAAUGGAGAUGAAAUGUAUAUAAGUGUGAGUAAAAAGGGAAGUCCCUAGUUGGAGAUGAGAAGGACAGCUCUCGUGGUAAAAUACUCGCAUGUCUGUACUUGUAUAGCGUGUGCCGCUCAACAGAGAAGGUGGUAAAAGUCAGUGGAUUAAACGGGGGUUUGAUAGUUUAUGACAAACCUCAGGGGGAAAAUCAAGACUUUGUAUUUGUGAUAUUUUGUACAUUAAUGUAUUAUUAGACAUGAAGACUUGUGAAAUUUCACUGUAAUCAGUCAUUUCCUUAAUGAGGUCAGAUCAUUGUACUGCGUUCCAUUUUUGUUACAGCUGCCUUGGACUAAUUGGUCUACACUCCCUCUGCUUAUCAUUUUUCAUCUGUGUUUGAAAGCAGUAAAAUGAGUCUUUUCUGAA